GGGGGCGGGGCCUGCGGGAAGCUCGCGCGGCGGGGCGAGUCUCCCCCGGCUGCCGGCGCCUCAGGGUCGCGGGCCAGGUCCGACGGACCGCCACCAUGCCCGAGAUAGACACCGGCAACCUGGACAAGCAGCAGGUGCAGCUGCUGGCGGAGAUGUGCAUCCUCAUCGAUGAGAAUGACAAUAAGAUCGGGGCCGACACCAAGAAGAACUGUCAUCUGAACGAGAACAUAGAGAAAGGAUUAUUGCAUCGAGCUUUUAGUGUCUUCUUAUUCAACACUGAAAAUAAGCUUCUGCUACAACAAAGAUCAGAUGCUAAAAUCACCUUUCCAGGUUGUUUCACCAAUACUUGUUGUAGUCAUCCAUUAAGUAAUCCAGGAGAGCUGGAAGAAAAUGAUGCAAUUGGAGUGAGGCGAGCAGCCCAGAGGCGCUUAAAGGCUGAAUUAGGGAUCCCCAUGGAAGAGGUUCCUCCAGAAGAAAUUAAUUAUCUAACACGAAUUCACUACAAGGCUCAAUCAGAUGGUAUCUGGGGGGAACAUGAAAUUGAUUACAUUCUGUUUGUGAGGAAGAAUGUGACUCUGAAUCCAGAUCCCAAUGAGAUUAAGAGCUAUUGUUAUGUGACCAAGGAAGAGCUAAGAGACCUUCUGAGGAAAGCAGCCAGUGGGGAAAUUAAGAUAACGCCAUGGUUCCAAAUUAUUGCAGAGGCUUUUCUUUUCAAGUGGUGGGAUAACUUACAUCACUUGAGUCAGUUUGUUGACCAUGAGAAAAUACACAGAAUGUGAACGCGGAGAUGAGGGGUUAGUAAAAUCCUGAAAACUUUCUCUACUUUUAAACUUAACAUGAUUUUUUAAAAAUUUGUUUCUGCAUAAGAACUCUCACUUGAAUCAUUGAUACUUUACGAUCAGUAUUUGUGUGGAAAAUACAACCAAUUUUUUAAUUUUGUAUCACACACCCCUUAUGUGCACGUUGCUGUUUUUAACAGACAUUUAUAAGGUUAUGAUAAAAGGCAAAUUAUUUUAACUUGUCUAAUCAGAGUGCUAACAUACUCGAACAAAUAAGUGAAGCUCUUCAUGUUUGAUAUGUUGUGAUAAACAUUGUCAGCACACUUAUAGAGCACUUUGCUCUUUGCCAAAUGCUUUAUAAAUCAAUAAAUUUUUAUCAUCGUCUAGAAGAAUGCGCAGUGGGAACUAUUUGCUUACCUACUUCAAAACAGCCCAAAUUAAUUUUCCAUGGGAGCAGAUUAAACUAGUAGAGCAGAUUCAAGGAAAAUUAAAGUUGAGCCGUGCCUUUGGUAAUGAUACUGGGUAAAAGCGUGCUUCCAGAAUCACAGCGGACAGGGGUGCGGGAACCCUUGCAGCUGGUCAAGCGUGCAACUCGUGAGCUCCGAGCCUGAGCCUGAGCGCCGCGCUGGGGGUGGGGUUGGCAGCACGUCGGGGGACAGACAGGCUCUCUGUGAAGCGGAGACUGGGUCAGUUGAGGAAUACUCUACAGGAUCUCUUAACCGGACACUGCUGACACUGGGUUGGAGAAUUCUUUGUUCUGAGGGUGCAUCCUGUGUUGUAGGCUGUUUAGCAGCACCCCUGGGUUCGCCCCAUAAAAGCCACUAACACUCCUGCCCCGUGACCGUCACGAUGACACCAGAUGCCAAUGUCUCUUGGAGGGCACAGCUGCCCCCAGUUGAAAACCACUAUUCUAGAGUCAGGCCAUAUUGUAGGGGGAAAAAUCCAUAGACUAAUGUCCAUGUUAAACAGGUUUGGGUUAUGGAAUAUGUGUAAAUUAAUAUUUAAGUUGUACUUCAAUGCACUUUCGAAAACUUGCCACAGAUUUCUCAGAUUUGGUGUCUCAGGAUGGCUAUAUUAUCCUCGAAUGCUGUGUAAUACUAAUGAAGAAAAAGAAAAAACAUUAUUUAACGAAGUUAAGUAUUUUGUAAAUUUGAUACAAAACUCCAUUUCUUGUUAACCCUGAGCAGUUAACUUAAAACUUCAGGCAGGACCAUGUGGCAAGUAUUAGUUUUAUGGAAAGGCAAAAACAAUAAAAAGAAUUACCACAUUUUGA